AUGGUCGCCGCCGCUCCAGUCACGUCUGUUGGCGCCAUCCGUCUCUCCGAGACCGAGGACAAGUUCGUCACUCUCCUCGACGAGUUCUCGCGCGGCUACAACCCCCCAAUCGAGUGCCGCAUUGCUGGUGGCUGGGUACGGGACAAGAUCCUCAAUCUCCCCUCUCACGAUCUCGAUGUAGCUCUGUCGACCACGAGCGGGUACGCGUUCGCCGAGGCCUUUGUCGCCUUCCUCCACGCCCGAGAUGUGACUACUGGCAGCGUGGGGAGGGUCGCCGCCAACCCCGAACAGAGCAAGCACCUUGAGACGGGGACCACGCGUGUCCUCGGCCUCGAGUGCGACUUUGUCGGUCUCCGCAGCGAGACGUACACGGACAGCCGCAUCCCGGACCAGGUCAAUCUGGGAACCCCGCUCGAGGACGCCGAGCGCCGCGACCUGACCGUCAACUCGCUCUUCUUCAACGUCCACUCGCGAGAGGUGGAGGACUGGACGCGACACGGCCUCGCAGAUCUCGAGAAGCGCAUUGCUCGCACCCCUCUCCCGCCGCGACAGACCUUCCUCGACGACCCUCUCCGCGUGCUCCGUUGUGUGCGCUUCGCGUCACGCUUCGGCCUCGCCAUAGAGCCCGACGUGAGCGCUGCCAUACGAGAACUCGAUAUCAAGGCCGCGCUCAAGACCAAGGUCUCGAAGGAGCGAGUGGGCAUUGAGACGACCAAGAUGCUUGAGAAGCAGCCCUUGAGGGCGAUGGAGCUCAUCGACGAGCUAGGGCUGCACUCGAGUAUCUUCAUCGUGCCCGAUCAGGAUGUGCAGCCUCCCCAUGACCGGGGCGAGGCGCUCAAGGCGACGCAGAUCCUCGCGGCCGUCUUGGGACGGGAGGGCCGUUGGAAGGCCAGCGAAACACUGUGGCUCGCUGCUGCCGCGUGCCCGUUCCGCGGUGCGGUCGCCACCGAGAAGAAGAAGGAGUCACCAGCCGCCGCUGUCGUCGUGUCAGAGGGCUUGAAGCUCUCCAAUGAGCUCAAGCUGGGUGUGCAAAACUUGUUGGAAGCUGCCAAGCUCUUGGAUCCCAAGACGGAGGGACGCGCACGUAUCGGCACGAUGCUGCAGCUUCCAGCCGUCAAGCCGUGGGAGAGCUCGGUCGUGUGGGCCGUCGUCGACCGUAUCCUGCCCACCUGGACGGGAAGCUGGGGAUCAGAACAGGAAGCGAUCCUUGCCGAGUGGGUCGCGUUCUAUGACAAGAUUGUCGCGCUCGGUCUGCCGGAGAGCAUCAAACAGCCACCACUCGUCAACGGAAAGGAGGUGCAGAAGAUGCUGGACCUGCCGCCGGGGCAGCUCAUCCAGGUCAUCCUCAAGGCAAUCAACUGGUGGCAGCUCGACCAUCCCGAGAAGACGAAGGAGGAUGCGGCUGCGUGGGUCGCGGAGCAGUGGGCGGGUGAGGCGCGGGCCAAGUGGGAAGCCGACAUCCCACCGCUCAUCCCCAAGGCGAAGAAGAAGGGCGCGGCCAAGCAGCAGAAGCGGCCAUAG